AUGGAGGUGCUCGGCGCCGUUUCGAGUGCGGUCGCCUUGGCAGAAAUCUUCGCGAAAAGCGUUCUCACGACGAAGAAACUUUGGGAUGAGGCACAAGAUAUCCUUGAAGAGAUCAAUCGACUGAUGAAAGAUCUCACGCAUUUGAAACCGAUGCUGGAAGAGGCCGAGGCAGUCUUCAACAAUCAGGCCCAAAACCCAUCUACUGAUACGGCUCUAUUACUAAUGCAUCACUACAAGGAGGUGUCUGGGAAGCUUCACCUUUUAGCUGCGGAUUUGAACCAACGGAUUGCGACAGCGAAAAGGGGGAAGAGGAACUUGACGAAGCUGAAGGCAACAUUGAGCAAGACUUUGAUUCGCCGUUACCACAAGGAAAUGGACAGCAUUUCCCAGACACUUUCCUUCUUCUUCAAUUGUUUCAAGUGCGGCUACAACUUCCAUGCCUGGGACUUUGAAGCAUACAGCAGCCCUAUGGGGUGGAACAUGUCGAUCAGACCUUGGACCACCCGUCCGAACGGCGAUCAAAUCUUUGACCUUGUCAAGAAAGGCUCGUGGCCUGAAAUCGCGGAGCAGUUGAAUAGUGGUCGAGCGUCCAUUUCAGACCGCAACGAGCUCGGGCAUUCUCUCCUAGAUAUUGCGUUGCGAGACGCCCAUUUCGCUGUUGCCAGAAGUCUUGUGGACCUGGGCUUUGAAAUUGAAGGGUCGGGCUUGCUGGAUUCCAUUGAAACCACUUGGUAUCUCCGAUCGCUUCUCCGCUACAUUGAUGACGCUCUGGAAUGGUUCGAGUUUGCAGCUGAAUUUGGGCUCCUUGAAAACCUGAGCGAAAAGAUAUUCGGACCUACACGUACCCGUGGACUAAAGUUCAGUGUAGUCUGCCGCUACGUUUGGACAAUUCCUGGACUACUCUCACUUUUUGUUGGGGAGAGAACUGCUAUCCACGGCGAAGUUUCGAUCUCUGAGCUGUUUCGAAAUAUAAGAUGGUAUCAGACAGACCCCCGGCUUUUCCUAGAGCUCUGUCACAACAAAAGAGUCCACUCACAGUUUUUCAGAGAAAGCGUAAUGAAGGUUUCAUGGAUGGCAACAAUCGUGGACUUCGCUAGAGAAUAUUUCUCGAUCGCACCUGGACGCAUGGUUCCACACAAACACGAAUAUUCGGAUAGAAGGUAUAAUGAAACAGACUUCGAAGACUGGAAAGACCUUGCAGCAUGGGUCUUGACGGACAUUUCGAUGGAUGAGCUAGUGUGGCAACCUUCAGAGAACGCAGACCCCUUUGCAUCAAAUCCUUUUCUAACAGGUCUGUAUUGUGGGAUGGAGCAUCUGAGAGGAAAGUACAUGUCAACUAGCAAUAUGCGCUUGAACAAGCGUCGAUUGACUAAGACCAUGAGCUCCUGGCUUGAGGAUGUUCAAGCAUCAGGCAUAGAUCUGGCAGAAUAUGGACGGCGCCAGCUAGAGAUACAUAAGGCUAGCCAUCGAAACUUCGAUCGCUGGCAGAAACUUAGCAUGCUCCAACCGGGAGACGAUUCGCGCUUGUACGGCCCGCGACUAAUGUCCUUUACGUUUGGCCCUCGCACCCAAGAUUGGAAUCUGAUAUGGGACCUUGAUGUCGAGGGGCUUACGGGAGACUUCUGGGAGCUAAUCGAGAAUCCGCCUCUCCAUAUUCCAGGAGCAUAUCCGGAACAUGGUUGA